GUUUCUAAAAUGAAAAUCCUCUGUUCCUAAAGAACAAUGCGCGUAGUGGGCUCCAUUUUACAUAGUGGACUUAUAUGCGCAACAGCUCACUAACCCCCAUUUCUUUUCUUCAUCAUCUCCUCUUCAAGGUGAAAUAUUUGGUAGUUUCUGAAACUGGGUCGCCUCUGAAAAUCAAACAUUUCUCUGCCUUUUCGCCAUGGCUGUGGGACCUUUAAACACCGCAAUUUCUGUUCAUUGACCCUCACUUCCAUUUCUCCAUUACAAUAAAAAGAGAAGGGGUUUUUGCAGUUUGCAGCCACGCAUUAUCAUCGUUGGCCGUCUUAGUUUUAGAGGGCCAUAAAGCUUAUCCUGCUUUUCCAUGUGCGAACUUGGUUCUGUUCCGUUCUGUUUUUAUUUUUCAAAAAGAAAUUUAUUCCCCCCACUAAGCUAUUGAGUGUUGACCUUUCUAGUGCUCUCUUUUCUUUCUUUCUUGCACCGAAUAUAUGCUCAAACUUCAAGGCUUGGAGGAUUUCAGAGGAGAUUUUUGUGCUUCCUCUCUUGUGGGUCUCUUUGUUUGUCUCUGCUUCUUUGACUGGACUCAUCUUUUGCUUCUCCUUGGAUCCAAUUCUUGAGGUCUUAAAGAACUACGUGAUUUGGAGAGAGAGAGAGAAUCUAGUCUUGUUGUGAAGUAGAGAAAAUUUUCAGCCAUUCAUGAUCCUUAAUUUACUGGAGAUAGGAUAUGGAACAAACAUCUAUUGAUGCUCGGAAAGAUCGACGAAGUAAAAUUGGUUCUUUCUGUGACAGAAGCAAGGACGAGGAGUUGUUAGAAAAUAGUGAUUUGGGUCUGUCAAAGUACUCAAUAUCAAGAGGGUUGAAUAAGAAGGUAUUUUUGCCUCAUGCAUUAUAUUUGAAGUUGAAGCAAUACCGAAUCAGUAAAAGCCAUGUUCAUGAUUCGGUUUUUAACUGUAAUAUAGGGUUAGACUUUAAGGUUCCGAAGUAUAUGGUGACGAUAGAUGAGAAAUAUCUUCGGCGAUGCUUGGAAUUGAUUCAAAUUAGUGCAUCAAAGCCUGCUCGUUGUAAUGAAUCUAUAAGCUCGAGCUCUGUGAAGACUGGUGCUCUGACUGAAAGCUUGAGCGCUGCUAAAUUGCGAACGAGGGGGAUGGGUGAUAUGGAAAGGUUCAUUAUCGCGUGCCCUUCAACAGGUGAGGAUGGAAAUACAGUUGUAAGCUCGAGCAAACUGUGGUAUGUUGGUUCAAUUAUGGGAAGCAAGAGCAUGAUCAACAUAUUGAAGAGUCCUUUAUUGCAUCAACUCGGUAUCACAGAGGAAACUUCAAACUUGAUAAGAAUGGACUUGAAUGAUAUCAAAGGCUUCACAGGCAGCAAUUUUAUGGACUCUCCCGAUGGUGUGGAUAUAUCUUCAUUGAAGAAGCUAGACAACGCAAAACCAGGAAACCGUCAAGAUGAAUCAGAUGCAGCAAAUGAGAGGUUUUUCUCCACACCCAGCAGAAAUUCUUUAUGUUCUGAUCAGUCUUCUUCGAGUUCAGCGUCCACACCGCUUUGUCAAGGUAUGCUUCAGUUCACAUGGAAGGAUGGAAGUCCUUACUUCAUCUUCUCCGUAGACGAUGAGAAGGAAGUCUAUGUAGCUAGCUCAUUGAAGGUCACAUCGGCAGAUAAUAACUCUGUGGACUAUGUUUAUUUGUUUUGUUCCACAAAGAGCAGUCUAAAGGACCAUGAGGUUAGAAAUUGCAGACCCCGUAUUGUUGGCAAGAUGACGGUGUCGACUUCUUAUAGUGUCUGUCCGAAUAAUUCAAAAAUUGCAGAUACUGAAUUUGUGUUGUUUGGUGGUAUUGAAAAUUCUGACUUGGAGAUUAAUGCUUCAAACACUAUCCUUAAGAAGAACAAGGUAUUUCCAAGGAAGGUGGCUGAAGUAUUUAGGACAAGUAACUCAUCUAAACAAAGAAGCAUACCUAACUUGAAUAGAUCUGGUGUCUUGAAGGAUUCUUGUCCUUGGGAACCAUACACGGAUAAACUAAACAGCGUUGAUGACUUAAUUUGUGCUCGUGACCUUCCCCCCAAUCUUGAAUUGGCUGCCAUUGUUGUGAGAGACCAUCUCCCGGAAGAUCGUGGCAGUAGAGUUGGAGGUUGGGGUUUAAAGUUUCUCAAACAGGUCAAGGCCAAACAAACAAACGAUUCACUGGAAACCUCAAUGCAGGCCGACUGUUGUGCACGAAACAGUGGAAAAUGUUCAACGAGCAUGGAUAUUCUUAUCCCUGCUGGUCUUCAUGGCGGACCUAGAACAAGGAACGGUGGUCCUUCCACCCUCAAGGAGCGGUGGAGAUCGGGUGGACUCUGUGAUUGUGGUGGUUGGGACAUUGGAUGUCCUCUAACAAUAUUUGAAGGCCAAUCGGUCAAUGGUGAUAUUUUACGCCAAGCAGACACGCAGGAGUGCCGGGCAUUUAACAUACAUCCUAAGGGUUAUGAGAAUGGUCCUCCAACAUUGAGGAUGGUGAACAUCCGCGAUGGCUUGUACUUUGUUCAUUUUCAACCAAAACUAUCACCUCUGCAAUGUUUCUCGAUUGCAGUGGCGAUCGUCCAUUCGCGAAGUCCCGGUCUCAAGCCCCGAAAUGUACAUGAGUUAAAAUAGCUAGCAAGAUCAAUCGUAAGUUUAAUGUAAUAGUUGAAUUUUUCUUACUCCAUAGCAGAAAGCAAUAGGCAAGUUUGAGCUUUUACACAUGAAAAUUAGAAGUUUUAACUGAUUUGUAAUUGUUUAAACGAAGAAGAAAAACCUCCAUAGAUUGUUCCAUUUUUGACCCCUACAAGCUUUUCAUUUCGAUGAAACCCAGAAAACAUAAACAGAGAAAUAAUUCAGUGCAGUUGAUUCAAUCUGAUUUUGUGUUACUUUUAUCUGAAAA